AUGUUCUCCAUUUGUACCAUCCCCCCCUCCCACCCACUGCUCCUCUCUGAUACGCACUGCAGGGAUCUUAGCUACACCGGGCUGGCUGGGUCAGUGCCGUGGGGCAUCAACAGCCUGGGGCAGCUGCACGCACUGUACGGCACCCCCAGCAUCUUCUGCAAUGACAAUGCCACAUGCGCUGCCGCCCUUCUGCCGCCCACCAGCCCCUUGCCCCCUCCCACGCAACCGGCCAAUCCCACAUCGCCAGCUGUCACCGAAUCCACCUCCAUUGGAUCUGCCAACUUGUCUGCGCCAAACACCACCUGCCAUGUUUGCCAGAGCUACUGCCUCGGCUGCUCCUCCUCUGCCUCUGGUGCGUCUCCUGAAGCUUCUGCCCCCUCUGUCCCUCCUUCACUGCGUCUCCCACCCUCUCCUUCAACUUCCUUCCAUCCCGAGCCCACUCUUUCCCAAUCCUUCGUCUCUCUUGCAAUAUUUUCCUCUACUUUCUCUUCCGUCAUCGCCAUAGCUUAUCUGUUUUAUCUCCCCAGAAGCCAUAGUGGUGGCGGCACUCAUUGCACUCGUCGCCCUUGCCCUCCUCGUCUUUCUCUCUGUCGUUUUGUUCCUUGCACAGCUCCUCCCCCUGCUUCCAACAGUGCUCUCUCUCUAGGAGCCAUAGCAGCCAUAGUGGUGGCAGCACUCGUUGCUCUCAUUUCUCUCAUCGUCCUCAUCAUCCUCAUUUGGUUCUACUUCCGCCGUUCAAAGCCUGGUGAAGCCAUGGUGCGGCUACAGUAUGCUGAAUCGACUACAACUCUUGCUUCCACGCAAGUAGCAGCAAUGGCACGGCUGCAGGACCCGAGGCUGGUGCCACUGCUGGGGUACUGCAUCGACUACAACGAGGCAACCCUGCAGAUGGAGCAGAUAAUCGUGUCCCAGUUCAUGCCCAACGGGGACCUCUCACAGUGGACCAUGCCAGGGGCGAAGCCCAUGUCGCUGCGUGUGAGGCUGGCAGUGCUGGUGGACGUGGCGGAUGGGCUGAGCUUCCUCCACAGCCGUCGGAUCGUGCACCGCGAUGUGAAGCCAGCCAACGUGUUACUGGAUGCAGACAUGCGGGUGAGACUGGUGAAAGACCCCGAGCUUGAUUGCGUGAUAUUUUUCAUGAAGCUCGAGCCAGUUCAGGUACUUCAGAAAUUAGUUGGGUUGGGAGUGGAUGGAAAGUAA